AUGAGUAGCCAGCCUCCAUAUCCCCUCCACGAGUCAGUGGUCAGCCGAAUAGACCCUGAAUAUGCCGCCUUCUAUAAUAAACACAUUAUAGACAGGCAGCAAGUUCACCUUCAACAUAUUGAAGCAUCACGGGCCAGCGGCGUCCUUAUUCCAGGCAGUGGGCCAUUGCAACCAGUCGCCAGCACGGUCGACUACAAAGCCAACCGAAAGGAAAGCGAGGGCCCUGAUGUGAGUGUCCGAUGCUUCACGCCGAAUGGUGAGAAGCCAGAAGCGGGAUGGCCAGUAUGCAUUUAUUACCAUGGUGGCGGGUGGGUUCUUGGUACGAUUGAUACUGAGAACGUCAUCGCGUCGCAUUUAUGUGCUCGAGGCAAGUGUGUCGUCGUCAGUGUAGACUACAGACUUGCGCCUGAGAACCCUUUCCCCGCUGCUGUGCACGAUUCUUGGGAGGCUGUCUUGUGGGUCCUUGGGGAAGGCAAAGAUAUCCUCGGGCUAGACACAUCAAAAUUGGCAACAGGAUAUUCAGGUGGUUCUUCUGCUGGUGCUAACUUGGCAGCCGUCAUGUGUCAAAGGGCCGCCGAUCGAGCAUCGUCCCAGUUCUCUUUGCAACUUCUUUCGGUCCCGGUAAUGGAUAACACGGCUGAAAUUACAAAUAACGAGUCGUGGAAAGAAAACCAAAAUUCCCCGGCGCUCCCAGCCCCGAAGAUGCUUUGGUACCGUAACCAUUAUCUACCACACAAGGACGACUGGUCACAUCCUGAGGCCAGUCCACUAUUUUGGAAGGGGGAUUUUUGUAAACUUCCGCCAGCGUGUUUUGUUGUUGGUGAAUUGGAUGUUCUUCGCACUGAGGGCGAGCAAUUCGCAAAGAAGUUGAGAGAUUCUGAUGUCAAGGUUGAUUUCAACAUAAUGAAGGGUCAACCACAUCCGUUCAUUGCUAUGGAUGCAGUCUUGGAUGCUGGUUCAAGAGCUAUAACACUGUUCUGUGAUGCUCUCUACAAAACCAUGUACGAGACAUGGUGA